CCUUCAUUCUGGCUUUGUACUGCUCAUAUAUCUUCUCGAAAGACUGGUCAAUAGUUUUUGGCAGUCAUUUUGGACCGUCUUGACAUCUUCAAAUCACCCGGAACGCGCCUGAGCGACCACACCGACGUGACGCGCCACUUUGCGAACAAUGCCACCAAUAUGCUCUCCCUAUCCUCCCAUCCCAGAAUAUCAGUCACCUAUUAUCAAGACAUCGCUGGAAACGAUGCCGAUGACCAGCGACCUCGAACAUCUCCUUUCCGAGCUCAAGGAAAGGCGACAGUACCCGGAGGAGAGACGAAAGAAGGCAGAGCAGGACAUACACACCCUAGACGAGUCGUAUCGGAGGCUGACGGCGAAGGAGAAAGGAAAGGCGAAGGCUGUUGAGAGGGUCAAGCGAGAGCGAGGCUUUACCCCUCUUCCUGGACAAGUCGAAGAAGUCAGAGCUUCACCACAUCCUCAACCGGGACCAUCAGCUCCUCCACCCAGAAUGGCUUCAACUCCAGUGGCGUCUGUCGUGCCAGCCCCACCACCACCACCAGCCGCCCUUCCCCGCAAGUCUGACUCGAAGAAUAAGAAGAAGAAACGUAAACGAGAUGUGGACAGUGACGAUGAUCGUGAUUCCCAAAGACUCAAGCCAACCCCUCCAUCUGUUCAUACAACCCCCCAACCAGCCCACGCUCUCCCAAAGGCCGCCAAACCCAGCGCCGCCUCAGCAAACCCUUCCAAACUCUCUUCCGGCCCAGACUGGACUGUCCCACCAAUAACGAAUCUCCUCCCCGCCCGCCCAAAACCCGCCGAAGUACCCCUCCCAGGACCCAGGGAACCCUCAGAAGUAACCGAGGACUUCUCCAAAGCGAAACAACCGUCCCAAAUCCUCAUCAACACCUUCUACACCUCCAUCGAACCCUACAUCCGGCCCCUCAAAGAGUCUGACCUCGGUUUUCUCUCACAUACCGCCUCCGAGACCGAGCCGUAUAUCAUGCCCCGACUUGGACGACAUUACACGGAGAUUUGGGAGGAGGAGGAUGUGGCAGCGUAUGGAGGCGUGUUGCCGAGCACGCAAGCGAUCAGGGCAUCGACGAGCUAUGGGAGGCCGGCGGAGAGUGCGCCGGUGCCGCGGUGGGAUCCGGCGACGCUGAAUGAGGAUAAUUUGUUGGCGGAGGAGAGGGGACACGGGCCGUUGACGGAGAGGUUGGUGAGCGCGCUGUUGCCUGUGGAGGACUCUGUAGUGUGGAAGGGUGUGAAGGCGGCGGAGGAGGCGAUGGAGGGAAGGCAUGGCGUUGGGGUGGGGAACGCGGCUGGGAGGCAAGUGAUAGUGGAGGAUUUGGAGAAGAGGAUACGAGAUAGCUUGCGGUUUCACAAACUGCUGGAGAAGCCGCCUGAUUUCUCGGACCCGCUUGACGAUCCCAUAGCCACCGCCCUUCGUCAGGCUCAGGAGCAACUCCGAACGGUCGUAGCCACGAACAAAGCUCGCAAAGCCCGCCUCGCAGCCGUCGCUCGCGAUAGAAUAGGCUACCAAGAAUACAUCGACCUCCGCGACUCCAUUGACAAGAACAUCAGCACGCUCUACACCAAACUGCAGAAGAAAGAGGGCCCCAAGGCUCCGAAGAACAAGAAGAAGAAAGGUUCUUCGACCGACGUCAAUGGCGCAGCCAACGGUAGUGCGAAUGGCGCAGCUGCACCGACGGGUACUUGGCCUGCGUCGGCGGGAUUGGGGCCAGAUGAGGACAACUUGUUGAAGGUGCCGGAGCAGUUGAGCCAACUUGUGGCUACGAGGAGGAAGUGGGUCGAUGUGGUUGGUGGAGUCUUCGAGGAGAAGCAGAAGGAGAGUCCAGGCAGGAUUUAUGGUCUUCCGAAGAACAGUCUCUAUAAGGGGAUAGAGGAGGAGGUCCAGGAGCUGUUGAGGGCGGGACCCGAGGGCGCGUCUGAUGGACUGGGAGAUGGAGGUUUGAGGGGGAAGGGGAAGGCAAGACAACUAGGCCCGGACAACAUGGAUAUCGGGUAGGGAGAUCGUGAGUCUUUUGUAAUUUUGCAUGUUUUGACGCUCGCUGUGGGCCUUUGCUGUUUCAUUUCCGCUGUCGGAUUAUUAUAAUGUUAUUUUCCCCCUUUCCCUUCGCCUUUGCUCCACUCAUCCCCAUCCUUUCCAUCCUUGCCCCAGAUCACUCCCCUCCCACUGCUGUUGUUAUCCUUUUGAUGGUGUCGUGGAAGACCCGCAUGUAUCGCUUGUGUUUCUCACCAUUGCAGCUCAUUCACAGCAGAAGUCGAGAGGCCUCGUCGUUCUCCUCGUUUUCGAUGUAUUUGUCUUUUCCUUCCGUUCUCAACACAAUUCAGACUUCCUGGACUGGUCCGCAGUUCCG